UCUUCCGCAGGAAGUUCAUGUUGUUGUGUAGCAUCGCUAUUCGCUAGGACCCUGUGUUUUCACAAAGUUUCUCACUUGGCUUCAUCCCUAAAUCGACAGCAUAUAAUGGUUGAAAAUGAUAUUUAAGCUUUAGCUGAGCUGUUUCUCUCUGAGAGAGAAGCCUGUGAGGUUUUCAGGAUGGAUAAAGCUCUGUUGAGAGAGCGAGAGCUCUUUAAAAAGAGAGCGCUGUCCAAUCCCGCUGUAGAGAAGAGACCAGUGACAUCUGAUGCCUCUCGAUCCUCCAAGAAGAAGAAGAGCAGACCUGACAAAGAGACGUCAUCCUCCUCCAAAAACAGCACAGAUCCCAGCAAUGGCUCUUUCAAUCUCAAAGCACUUUCUGGGAGCUCAGGAUACAAAUUUGGAGUUUUGGCCCGAAUUGUCAACUACAUGAAGACGAGGCACCAGAGAGGUGAUACUCAUCAUCUGACUCUGGAGGAAAUUCUGGACGAGACCAAGCUGCUGGACAUUGGCAUGAAGCAGAAGCAGUGGCUCAUGAGCGAGGCAUUAGCAAGUAAUCCUAAAAUUGAUGUGAGGGAAGGGAAAUAUGCCUUUAAACCCAAGUUUCAUCUGAAGGAUAAGAAAGCUCUGCUAAGACUGCUGGACAAACACGAUCAGCUGGGAAUAGGAGGAGUGUUACUCGACGACGUGGAAGAGGGUCUGCCCAACGCAGCCAAGGCUAUUAAAGCGCUUGGGGAUCAGAUUAUAUUUGUGACCAGGCCAGAUAAGAAGAAGGUUCUUUUCUACAAUGACAAACACUGUCAGUUUGAUGUUGAUGAAGAGUUCCAGAAGCUGUGGCGCAGCGUUCCUGUUGAUUCCAUCGAUGAGGAAAAGAUUGAAGAGUACCUGAAGAAACAGGGCAUCUCAUCCAUGCAGGAGACGGGACCAAAGAAAAUAGCGCCCUUGCAGAAGAGGAAGAAACCUGGAACGCAGAGAAAGAGACGCUAUAAGACUCAUAAUGAUCAUCUGAAUGGAGUAUUGGAGGACUACUCUGAUGGAGUUCCCUCCAAGAAGUGACACACACACACACACACACACACACACAAGCAGAUUUCAAAGUUAGAAGUGACAUGACUGAUGUCUGUGUGACGUUUGUAUAUCUGAUUUAACGUCUUAUUACCAAAACCAUAAAGACACACACACACACACACACACACACACCCCUUAGAACUGUACUGAGUGGCACCAAUGAGUAUUGAUUGUAAAUAUUUUCUUUCCACUGUGAUGUUUUACUUUUUGCUAGUGCUUUAAAAAUGGUAAAUUAAGCUCUUAUUUUUUUUAGAUUUAAAGAUUAAACAAGAGCAAUCAAA